AUGACGCGUGAAAGCGAAAAGAAUUUUCUGGAAAUCUGGCCAAUAUGUUUUAUAAGAUUCCUGGCUGUUGUUGAAUUAAUAGCUACGAUCAUUCUUCUUGGCACAGAAUUUGGUAAUGUAGCAGCCAACUUUUGGCUAACAAAUGUGUUCGCUGGAGGAUGGUGUGGUAUGAUUAUGCUCAUACAUGUUCUUCUAUUGAUGUGUGCCGGUUGCUGUUGUCCUGGAGUCUCAUCUGCUUUUCGAGUAGUCGUUGUUACAAUUAUUGCUCUUGUAGCUUGCACGACUUUAAUUGGAUUUGAUGCUUAUUUUCUUGCAAAACCUGACGCAUGUUUAUUGACUUCAUCAUGUAGUUCAAAUGCUGCUUUGAAUACUACAUUCAAUUACAACUUUCAAGUCUCGUUUUUCACAGCAUUUACCAGUUUAAGCACGUUUAAAUCAUAUACAGGAACCCAAACUAAGUUUCUGUUUCAAUCGAUGCAGUUGGGUAUCGGUGCUUUAUGCUUUUUGAUCUGUGUUAUUUAUUUAGUUAUUUAUUACUCAAUCAAAAGUCAAUUGAAGGCACAAGUACAGCCUAGUUCACAAUCACAAAAGCGAUCCAAUAAUAAAUCAUUCCAAGAAGUUUCUAAUAUAUCACCCAGAGAAACCUAUUAUCCACCACCACCACCACCACUAUUACUACCACCGCCACCACCACUGUUACUACCACCGCCACCAGCAGCACAACAGUAUUAUCAAUCGGCAGGACCUAUUUUGCGUCCACCUAUAUAUGCGCCACAGACACCAACGAGACAACAGUAUUAUCAAUCGUCCGGACCUGUUUGGCGUCCACCUGCAUACGUGCCACAGCUACCACCAGGCCAAGUUCCUUGGAAUCAAAACAGGCAACAGUAA